AUGCGCAUCCCCAUGGCUCAUGUGAUCCUGCUCCUCGGCGCCCUCUUGGGCGCCGUCGACGCCGGCGCGGGCCAUUGGAGGAGGCUGCGUCGGAUGUGCUGCGACUACCCGGACCACAACGUAUGCCGCGUCGGCCUCGAGCGCUGGCGCAUCUGUGACGAGGCCUGGAGGCAGGGCAAGAGCCUGGCCGGCUGCGGCGACUUUCGCCAGAACAGCGAUUUCUCCCGCGUCGCCUGUCGCCCCGGCAUCGACGGCCCGCCCGACUGGAAAGACGAGGAGAAGCCCAGGCCUUGA